ACUGAAAUAAACAACUAUAGAAAUAUGCUGGCUGAAAAUAGCUCAGUGGUUCCUAGGCCAUGGGGAUGCUGCAUUUUUUAAAAUGUAACAUUGGCUUUAUCAGGAAAUCUCAAGAGAAUGUUGCUACCAGAGAAUUCCUUGAAUAGAAAAUGCUGGGUGCAUUAGGAUGUCGGUUCUGUCUUUCUCAAGGGAAGUCCCUGGUCUUCCUUGGGUUCUGCUCAUGGGCUCACCAUAUGUCUUCAGCAGAUAGAUGUCUCCUAACAAGAUUUCAUAACUAUCGUUUCAGAUGCCCGUGAAGUUAAAAUCAUGGUCCUGCAACUCCCUCUGAUUUGUUGAUACCGACAAAGAAGAAUCCAGAUGGGGUGCAAGUGCUGUAAAAUGAUUAAAAGCUACAUCUUUGAUCCCCAAGAAGUGCAGACGGCUGCGUACUUCAGUGAGAUAAAUAACUACAAGUCAGAUGAGGAAGACAGUGGCCAAUUCCAGUGCAAGCAGAGCAAUGACAUUCAGGUCCAUAAAAAUGAACUCCAGAACACUGAGACACAGCUAGCAGCAAACCACUGCAGAUUAAACCACACAAAGGAUGCCCUUUGGAAUUACAGCAUCCCUGGUCUUCAAGAGAAAGGACUUGGAAACUCUAUAGAAAAAUGUAGCAUUAAUGGGAUCCAUUCCUCCAGUGGCAUGAAUCUCAGUCCCCCACAUAAUAAAAGCCAACAUAAAGAGAUUAACCCUCAGAUCUGUUCUGGUCAGCUACCUGAUUCUCCAGGCAAAAGAGUCUCCCAGCCAAAAAUACGUGAUAAACGUGAGAUCCUUGAUACUGAAAAUCACCCAAAGCAGUCUUUGGAAAUUUCAGAUAUUGUCCACAGAGAGGAUUCUCAGAGCAAUGCUGAACCUAUUUUUUCCACACAAUGUGCCAUACCAGAGCUCCAAGGCAAAGACAUUCACUUGGACAAUCCGCCUUCUCUCCCCGCAGCCAGCCAUGCUGAGCAACAAAGGGUUGUCAGAAACGAGCACCUGUCAAACCAUCUUGUGCAAAUCAACCAGAGCACUGAAAGCACAACUAUCAUCCACAACUGGAAUCCGUCAUGUUGCAAGUCUGAUGAGGUUGACGGUGUCUGGAGGACAGGCCCUUUAGGCAUCUGUUUCGAGGACAAAAUAUCCACUGAGAUCCUCUUUGGAGGGAACAAGGGAGACCCAGCACAGGAAGCUCGAUAUGAUGCCCACACCAAGGUUAAUGGAGAACUAGAGGAAGAUGCAGACGUUGCAGAGGCUCUUGCGGCCCUUGAGGCUGCUACAGCAGGUGAAGUUUUUGAGGAGGAGGAAGAAGACUAUUAGGUGACUUUGAGUUACUGAUAAUAUGUGUCUCUUUAAGAGUGAAGGGUUGCUGCACUUGGGAAAGCCAGUUGGAGGCCUGGGCCAGGACAGCCAUAGCUGGUAGAAGGAAUCGAUAUAUAGACCAAGUAAGAUAUUUAAUGAGAGUAGCCACCGAUGGGUCCAUUGUGCACCUUUUCCAGCAUGAUGGUGAUGAACCUUCAUGAACAUCACCCAUCUAAUGUUUAUGAACGCUAGGAGAUACUUGCUUCUACUAGCCAAACCAAGCCCUUUUUAUUUGCCAAUGCUAUGGAAGCAUAUGUUGUAAGGAGUGUUUCCCAAGACCUACCUUUUGAUGGUGAGGAGGGUGCAUACAUUGUUUGGAGGGGCAGAGAGAAGACUGUUGAUGGAGGAAUAAUAAAGAAUGAACAGGGCUGACUGAGAUUUUCUAUUAAUUCCUGGACUGGAUGGGGGAAGUUUUUAAUAAACACAUUCUAUGUAGUCUA